GCCCCAGAAUGGACUCAAGAUGUGCAAUUCUAUGUGAAGUUAUACUAGCAAUCUUGCUUCCUCCUCUUGGUGUUUGCCUCCGCCAUGGUUGCUGCACUGUGGAGUUCUUGAUUUGCUUGGUGUUGACCAUAUUGGGCUAUGUUCCUGGAAUUAUCUACGCGCUGUAUGCUAUCCUUUGUGUUGACCGUGAACCACCAUAUGAUCAUUAUCGUGAUCUUGCUUAAAAUUUCACUAUAAUUGUUAAUCUUUUUCAUUUGCCUUAUUGAAUACACCAUUUCAUAUUGUGUUGUUGUUGUCUUGUUUCAGCUUGUACUUUACUUCUGUGCUUGUAAUUUAGACUUGAACUUUGGAUGAAUUGUACCCUAUGUCACUUGUCCUGAAUUCCCUUUUUCAUAGUGCCGGGUUUAUUUACUGAUUAUUACUUUUUCA